CUCGCCGGGUUCUGGGUUUAUUACGUCGGAAUCUGGAAAAUUCAAACUUUCCGAUGGCGCGAAAGUUGAAGAUCGCGAUUGGCGUCGAAUUCGCCCAAUUCGAAGGGUGGGUAAGGAUGGAAUCGACCUCUGGGAACCUUCUAAGUCGAUCACAGGCAGUGAAUUGGGACGAGGCAACGUCAAGAGAGAACCCCCAAACUUGGUGAUCUCGACGAAGUUCUCGCCGGCGCCGGAAACUGGAGUUUUCAUUUGGUCAAAAUUGGACCCUACGAAGUCGAUUGUUUGCAUGGGAAGGGUCCUUUGGAGUCUCAACAACACAUCGAGCCUUGAAUUGUGGCAUACAACAGCCGCUUCAAGGGUUGACGAAGUUUUGACGUGUGAAUCGGCUAGUUCAAGGUAUCACUUUUACGAUCCAAUCAUGGAGUCUUUCAUUGACAAUUUUAGUUUCAGGUCAAGGCAAGCUUUGAGGUCAAAGCUUUUUAAAGGGUGAGGGCCUGAUAUGAUCCCAAUUGGAUCAUCCCACACAUCACCAUUGCUUGAGGAAGAAGCUGUUUCAAAUUACAUGACAAGUUCUGAAUUUUGGCUAAGUAUUGAAACCGAGUCAGGAAGCCUACUUUGGGGGCUUGUUUCUCUUGAAUGGUUCAAUGGAAAUGCAGUUGGGAUGGCUCCUUAUGAAGAUAAAGUGUUCCUCUAUUCAGUGAUGUGCCUUGGAGCUCGAGGGGAAGUUCAGAAGGCUGUGUACCAGACGUUCAAACAUGCUACCUUGACAGCUCAAAACUGCCAGAAUUCUACCAAGUCUGGAAGCAAGUGCAGGAAGGCAGGUUUGGAGCUUAUUUCACGACGAUGGAAGAGGAACCAGGUUUGGAGGAUUGUUCCACAUGGAAGCUUGCGUUUUCUAAUACAGAAACGUGGGAUUGGCUAACCCAAAUGAGGGCUGGAAGGUUCUCGACGAGGGCCUUGAAGUUGGGAUGGAAGCACGCCUUUACCUGCCUUCCAAGGCAGCCCUGUUUUCCUUGUUUGACACGGAUUGUGUUUAUGUGUUCGAUUUUGAUUCCUUUUUGAGUUGGAUUAUGUUUUAAAUUCCUUGUUAGUUGUAGACGUAACUAGGUCUAUAAAAACCCCAACUUUUUAUAGAAUUAAAUAUAUAAUGAUUCUAAGACACUAACCAUAGUUGUUAUAGAAUUAAAUAUAUAAUGAUUCUAAUUAACUCCUAACAAUAUGACGAAUCCAAGUGGCCAAGCCCAUUAAGAUUUUAUUAAAUCUCCUUCUCCUCUUUGGGGAAUGAAAUUUAUCAAGAACG